UAUUUUCUAAUAUUUAUUGGAAUUUUUUCUUCUAAAAGAUUUGGAUUUACAUGCUGUUUUACCUAACUGAUACUAAAUUGACAUGCUGUUUUGGAGUGUGGCCUUGAGGUUGGUGAUAUUGUUGUCUAUUGCUGUGGAUUGACCUCGAGUUCUCUGGGCUUAUAAGGAGGCUGCCCCGUUGCUGGGUGGGCUCUGAGUUAUCACUUUUAGUUGCUGCUAAAUGGAGCAAGGAUCAUGACAUGGCAGCAGUGUUCACUGGAAUCUGUGUCAAUGCCAGAGGUUUUGAAUGGCAAAAUAAUGAUUAUUUCAUCAGGACAGUUGGAUGCCAUUACAAGGGCACGCCCUAUUCUCUCUGCUAUGAGUGAGAAACUUUAUGUUUUUGAGGGGGCACUUGGUGCUGGAAGAAAACAACACCUGAAUCAGUGGUUGACGGAGUUGACAAAUAACGAAACUCUGUCCUUGCAACAUCAAGUCCAGGCAGUUGCUCCUUUAGUGUUGCAGCAGUACUUUCUGAUACAAUUCAGAAGAUGUUGUCUGAUGUUUCUUUGGCCAUCUCCUCACUGAUAAAUAGAAAAACCA